UCGGUCGAUUAAACACACGUACACCUUUCAUGUUGAAAAGAACAGAGUCGCGUACGAUAAUUUAGUUAAAGAUUGAUCGCGUUGGGCAAAACUCGUGCAGUGCAUCGUGUGCAGGUUGUGCCGAUUUGAUAGAUAAAUUGCAACGCUUGGGGGAGAGAAUCGGCAGCAUCAUGAAAAAAUCUAGCACCAGUAACUCGAACAUUAACAAAACUGCGACCCGUAACGGCAGCAGCAAUGGCAGCAAUAAUAACAAAAGCGCUGUGCUUUCAAUGAAGAGUGAGAACAAAAAAUUGGCCAAAGAAAUUAAAUCACUAGUGCUUUGGAAAUCACCACUGAAAACUCUCAAGUACGCUAGUCUUGAAGUAUUGUUUCUAAUAAAAACUAAUGUUGAUAGGUUAUUACACCAACGUGCAUUGUUGCUAGCCAUCAUCAGUCUGCUAUUUACAGUGCUAGUACUAAUUUAUACACCUGGCCAGCAUCAACAAGUGAUUGAUGUUUUCAAAAGCAAAGGAUUUUUCAUAUGUUACUGGCUAGGGUUGGGUAUUUUGUCUUCGGUAGGACUCGGCACAGGACUGCAUACUUUCAUCUUGUACCUUGGCCCGCACAUAGCCAGCGUCACCCUAGCGGCAUACGAAUGUGGAUCCUUAAAUUUCCCGGAACCACCUUAUCCCAACGAAAUACUUUGUCCAGAAGACAAGGACAACGUUGGUUACAUUGUUCCGUCGCUCUGGUCCAUUAUGGCAAAGGUUCGAUUCGAAGCAUUCCUGUGGGGUGCCGGUACAGCCUUGGGUGAACUUCCGCCGUACUUCAUGGCAAAAGCGGCCCGUCUCUCCGGAAACACCACAGAUGAACCUGAAAAUAUUUUGGAGCUGGAAAAACUUCAGAAGCGAAAACAAAAAGGAGAAAAGCUAAAUCUGUUUGACAAAGGAAAGCUUAUGAUGGAAGACAUAGUUGAACGCGUUGGAUUUUUUGGAAUUUUGCUGUGUGCUAGUAUACCCAAUCCACUGUUCGACUUAGCAGGCAUCACGUGCGGACAUUUUCUAGUUCCAUUUUGGAAAUUUUUCGGUGCGACUCUAAUUGGAAAAGCAAUCAUUAAGAUGCAUAUACAAAAAAUUUUUGUCAUCAUAUCAUUUAACGAAAAUCUGGUUGAUAAAUUCAUAGAAUUGCUCGCAUUCAUUCCAUUCAUCGGUGUGAAAUUGCAGACUCCUUUUAAGGCGUUCUUUGAGGGACAAAAGCAGCGACUACACAGAAACACUCAGAAAUCGUCGCCAUCGUCCUCCAAAGGGAACCUGCUGGCAAGUGUGUUUGAAUAUUUUGUGUUCGCCAUGAUUUGCUACUUCAUUAUCUCAAUUGUGAACACUUUUGCUCAAAGUUGCUGCAAACGUAUGCGAAAACAACAUGGCGCCACUUCGUCUGACGUUGGAUCUGCUAAAAAACUUUCCUAAAUAUUUCCAAUGCUUCUAGGAGUGUUAACGGUUGCUUUUAAGUGAAUCAAUAAGUAGCAUAGUUUGCUAUCGUUUCUCGUCCAUCAUUAAAACCCAAGUAAAGACAAAGAACCUGCAAUCGUGGAAACUGCAUUAAUAUACACGCAAAUAAGAAGGCUAAUAGUGGUAGUAUAAAUAACAACAAUAUCAUUGUUAGUGCAUUCGUUUAUUUCUAGUCAAAUGUUGUUUUGCAGUCAAUAGGAAAUGGUGACAAAAAAUAUAGGAAAGCAAAACAACAAGAUUUAGUAGCUCCCGAAUUAUUCUUCUUAGGUUUCCAUCAGUCCACUAUAGCUGCUUGGUUGUUCGUCGAGCUUCGUAUCACGAUUAGAUGAUGAUUUAUUUUUGGACGAAGGCAAGACUAGAAGUUGAUGAUUUGGUGAUCUAAAAUUGAAUUUUCGUCACAUCUCUCAAGCCUUUUUUUCAAUUGUAUUGUUAUUCAUUUUUCCUCUUGCGAGAGAUACGAGAGAACACCAUAAUGUAAAAAUAUAAUUUUAAAAAGUGAUUUUGAUUGUUUAAUAUGGUUGCACACAUUUCUAUUGUUUCAGUUCUACUAGUAAAUGGUUUCGUUAAUAAAGUUUUUUUUAAAUCAUCUA